CAUGAAAAGCUAUGGUAUCUUUAGAAUAAAUAAUGUCUAUAAUGCUAAUUAUAGAUUCAAGUAUUUAAAGAAGUCAUUUAAAAUGAACAUUUUAGGAAGAAAAACAAAGAAAAAUGAGGAAAAAUAGAAAAAUGACAGUUUAAUGUAUCAACCCCAUGACAAUCCUCCAUUACUUUAUUGAUCAAACAAUACAGUUAUUACUUUCUUCUUCAAUAUACAAAAUUUGUUACUUCUUGUGAAAUUACGAAAAAAUUAAAAUGGAACCAACAGGAAGAAGAAAGUCUUUACGUGAGUCAUUUAUGGCAGCAUUGACAAGAAAAUCUUUAUUAGUUAAAAGGGUAGAUCGAUUAAAAGGAAUUCAGCUUUUUCGUUCUGCGUUCAGACGUAUCCUAAUAUACAUGAAAUGGCUAACUGAAGAACCUGUAGUUGAAGAAAUUAGCGACGAUGUUGCGAUUAAUAUUAAAAGGGCACAAGCGAAGAAAGUCGAGAAGAAAACACUUACUCUGGAGGAUCGUUCUAUUUUAUUAACGAAUCCAUACGAUCGAACAUCAGUCGAAAGAACGUACAUAUUCGAGCUGUUUAAGAAGUUUGGGGUGUUUAAAAAAUAUCCAGAACGUUUGCAAGAAAUUUUAGCUGGAGUAUGCUUUUAUCAGUACUUAUCACCAGGUCGAAUAAUUGUACGACAGGAUCGUCCAGCUGAGAAUCUUUAUUUUAUUGUUAGUGGAGAGGUCAGUUUAUCGAAGGUGGUCAUCGAUCGUUGGACCGAUGAAAUGAGGGAAAUUGACAUGGGUAUUUUAAAUCCAGGAGAUAUUUUCGGCGAAAUUGCGUUAUUACAUAAAUUACCAAGAUCAGCGACAGUAAUUUCAAACACCACCGUGGAUUUGAUUUUGAUCUGUUCCCAGGAUUUUGAAGAUAUUUUACGACCUACUUUGAUGAAAGAAUGGAACGCCCUCCAAGAGGCGUUAAUUUAUUUUAAUUAUUUCAAAUGCUGGGACGAGAAGAUGAUGAGAGAAUGUUGCAUUCUUAGUAGAUUAAAAGAAUUUCAAGCUGACGAGGUUUUACUAGGUGACGGUAAGGGGAUGGUGAACUACGUGCAUUUUCUAUUAGAAGGUGAAUGUGAACUAAUAGAACAUAUCAUUGUUCGUGAGGAACAUUCCAUGCGUGGAACGCACUAUGAAUUAUACGAUUCCAGAACGUGCCCUACACGAGAUGAAGUGAGAAGAUCAAUAAAAGAUUUAGAAUUAGGCGAGCAAAAGAUGGAUGAACUGAGUGAUAUCGGCGUAACCGACAGUGGGCAUUUGAUAGAUUACACUCAGUUGCUAUUGUCAUCGAAACCCCUUGACAAACGCGUCGAUUUUGAUCGUUCUAGCAUUGUUACAACUACAUUAUUGGAUGUCAUAAAUGAGUGGCACAAAAUCACGGAUGUAGCAGAAAUGUUGUUAAGAGAACCUUCUUCCAUAUCUCAACAACAAUGUUAUCCAAGUAAUGUACGUACAAUAUUUAUGCGAAUUUCAACGUUUACCAGAGGUGCCUGCUUCGGACUUGGUGAAAAUAUGAUCGAUAGAAGAAUAGUGUCAAAAACAAAUGUUCGGUGUUUUCUGGUUCCACGUUAUUGGAUAAACGAACACAAUCGUGCUAAUAUUUGGGAACGUGUGAAAUUGUUUAUGGACUCGAAAUUUCCAACUAAAGAAAAAUUGUUUAAAGAAUUCGUGAACAAUCGCAGGUGGCGAAACUAUAAACAAAAUUUCGUUAAUGACAUAAGAAGAACAGGUCAACUUAUACAUAGUAACGUGACUAUACACGAUGUUCCUUAUUCAAUUAGAAUUGCCAAUGACGUGAGUGGAUAACUGCGAAAUCACAAAAGGUACUUUUAUGUAAAAAGUUUAUUUUACAAGUUACCUAAACGGAAACAUGAUUCACGAUUAGAAAAUUUAAAUUAAUCUGACAGGCAUACUCUUCUGUGACAUUCUUUCACACGACAAAUAGCUAACAGUUUAUUACCAUUGAAACACAAUUCUUUGGUCUAAUAGAUCGUAAUGAACUUCUUGAAAAUUUCUGAUUUGUAAGUCUCAGCGCGUUAAGUACUAAAUUAAUUAAUUUUUGCUACGUGAAUUACACGUCUGAAAUUCGUAGUUUGAUUAGAAGAUAUUCUAUAAUCGUUGCAUGGACUGAAUUUUCAAUUAAUCAAGUAGUAAGUACAUUAUCAAAAGCACACCGAUUGAAUUUCAUUGUUACAUACAUUCGAAUAUUUCAUAAUAUUGUCUGAAUCUUGUACAUUAUCUCAGUUAAAAAUUACUUAAUCAUAAAAUAAUAC